AUGAAUAGAGAUGAUGUUGUAAACUUACUACGCACGAUCAAGUAUCCUAAUUUAGAUCGAGACAUCAUUGAUUAUGGUGUUGUCCAAGGUGUCGAUCUUGAAGGGGAAAAAGUAAGUAUAGUAUUAGAUAUUCUUGCUCGUAACGACGAAAUUCCCAAUGCUGUUCGUACUGCUGUUGAAACAACGCUAAAAGAACAUGGUCUUGAACCAGAUAUACGAAUGCAGGUCAAACGAUUCCCAAAUGUAUCGCCUAAUGCAAAAUCACAAACGCCACAGCAACCAUUAGGACCUCAUGGUACAAGUCCAGACCCAUGGGCAGAUCGACAACGCUUAGAAAACGUUAAAUAUGUUUUAGCCGUUGCCAGUGGUAAAGGUGGAGUUGGGAAAAGUACAGUUGCAGUUAAUUUAGCCUAUGCACUUAAAUUUCGUGGUCUAAAUGUAGGUCUUCUUGAUGCUGAUAUUUAUGGUCCAAGUCAACCAAUUAUGCUGGGCGUCAAAGAUAUUGAGGUUGUUGCUGAUGAACAACAACGUAUUUAUCCUAUCGAAGUUCAAGGAUUAAAAACAAUAUCGAUAGGCUAUUUGAUAGAAGACGAACAACCUGUUGUUUGGCGUGGGCCUCUUGUCAUGAAAACGAUUGAACAAUUUUUACGCGGGGUUGCUUGGGGAGCAUUAGAUAUUCUUGUUGUUGAUUUGCCACCAGGGACAGGAGAUGCUCAACUAUCCCUUGUCCAGAAAACACCAAUAGACGGUGUUAUUAUCGUUACAACCCCUCAGGAUGUUGCCCUAGCAGAUGUUAUUCGUGGGCAUUCCAUGUUUGAGAAAAUGGAUGUGCCAACAUUAGGUAUUAUUGAAAAUAUGAGUUAUUUUGUCGCUCCUGAUACGGGUAAACGUUACGAGUUAUUUGAUCAUGGCGGUGGCCGUAAAGCAGCAACAGAUCGUAACCUUCCUUUUUUAGGAGAGCUACCUCUAGAUCCUAAAAUUCGUAGUGGCGCAGAUCAGGGUAAACCAAUUGUUAUCGCAGAUCCUGCAAGUGAGAAUACACAAGUUUUUCAUGAGAUUGCAGAAAAGGUGGUAAAACUUUUAGAGGAAAGUGUCCGUUUACAUUAA